CCAUCAUGUUCAACUCCAAUCCGUUUGCCUGGCUGCGGCCUACUCGUGAGGCACCUGUUGCGGAGAGCACCUGGAACCCCGGAAGCCUCGAAAUGCAAGAGCCGCGUAGAAUGGGUGUCCCUCCAGGUCAGAGCGUUGUCACUGAACAACCACGUAUUGGCGAGCCCAUGCUUCAACUGCGAGGUGGUGGUGAGGGAGAAGACGUCUGCUGUGGACUUUGUGCUGGUGUCAGCUGUUUCGAGUGCUUCUCAUGCUGCGACUGCUGCUGCGACUGUUGCGACUGCUGCGGUGGUGGGGGAGGCCCCGGAGGCCCUCCCGGCCCGUAAGCUCAUCAUGUGGAAGGGGC